AUGAAAAUAUUAAGAAAAACGGAGAUGCUGGAGAAGGAGCAGGUACGCCUUGUUCAAAAGGUGGACACUGGUCACGUGUAUGCAAUGAAAAUAUUAAGAAAAACAGAGAUGCUGGAGAAGGAGCAGACGGCGCAUGUGCGGGCGGAACGGGAUAUUCUGUCUGAGGCGGACUGCGAAUGGGGGCAUUUAAAACUUUCGGAUUUUGGCUUAUGUACCGGAUUGAAGAAGGCGCAUCGCACCGAAUACUACCGAAAUUGGCCAUGUCAGUUGCCAAAGGAUUUUGUGACCAAGCCGUUCGAGAAACGCAAAGCGGAGACGUGGAAAAGAAAUCGCCGUGCUAUCGCCUACUCGACAGUUGGCACACCUGAUUAUAUUGCUCCGGAAAUUUUCCAGCCGAAUGGCUAUACGAAGGCUUGUGAUUGGUGGUCGCUUGGCGUCAUUAUGUACGAAAUGCUGAUAGGUUAUCCACCUUUCUGCUCGGAAACACCGCAGGAAACCUAUCGAAAAGUUAUCAACUGGAAGCAGACAUUGCUGUUUCCUCCAGAAAUGCCUAUUUCAGUGGACGCAAAAGCAACUAUAAAAAAAUUCUGUUCGGAAGCAGAGCACCGCUUGGGUCACUGUGGUGGUGUUGAAGAAUUGAAAAGCUGUCCGUUUUUCAAGGGAAUCGAUUGGGUUAACAUCCGGUAA